GUUCCCUCGGGGAUCUCGAUGGCGGCGAGGAGAACACGCCGGACAACCUGAGCCUGUCGGGCGAGGAGGGAGGAGCCUCGGACCCGGAGGACUCGGCCGAAGGCGACAGCUCCAGCCCUCCUCCGUACACGCCGCUGUACAACGAAGAACCGAGGACGCAGGACUCAGGAGGAGGAGGAGGAGGAGGAGGUCCGGAGGAUGAAGAUGGCGACGGGGAGGAGCCACCGCCGACCCACAGCGGCGGCGAGGAGGAGGAGGACGGAGAGGAAGAGGAGGAGGCGUCGCAGUGGAGAGGUCCAGAUGAGCUGGAGUUUAGUGAUGAAGGCGGCGUGGCGGCGCUCAGAGAUCUGCAUCCAGACACCACAUGGGGCCCCUACCCAGGAAUCGUCCAAUCAGAGGGCAGCACGGAGGACCAGGAAGCGGAGAACUCCAGGUUGACUCUGGUGUGUGAAGAUCCAGACUGCUGGAUCGGUCGCCUCCCUCUGACCUCCGACGCCUCGGCAGCCAACUGCAGCAUCUACAGCCAAGGCGAGCAGCUGUUCUGUAAGGUGAGCAGAGAGCUGGCGGCCGGCGAGCGACUCGUGGCCUCCCUGUCGCCUCCUCCGGCCUCCUCCUCCUCCUCCAGACUCUCUCCUCCGCUCAGCCUCGUGGCCCAGAAGCCGCCGGCGGUGAAGGAGGAGCCUCUGUAUCCGGCGGCGCUGCGCUCCGACAUCCAGCUGCUCCCGCAGCAGGCCGGCAUGGCGGCCAUCUUGGCCACAGCCGUCGUCAACAAGGACAUUUUCCCGUGCAAGGACUGUGGGAUCUGGUACCGCAGCGAGAGGAACCUCCAGGCCCACCUCAUGUAUUACUGCGCCAGCCGUCAGAAGCAGCCGGCCGCCGCCUCGUCGCCCCCGCAGGACAAACCCAAGGAGUCCUACCCCAACGAACGCAUCUGCCCCUUCCCACAGUGCAACAAGAGCUGCCCCAGCGCCAGCUCUCUGGAGAUCCACAUGCGAACUCACAGCGGUGAGCGUCCGUUCGUCUGCCUCAUCUGUCUGUCGGCCUUCACCACUAAAGCGAACUGCGAGCGCCACCUGAAGGUGCACACGGACACCCUGAACGGUGUUUGUCACGGCUGCGGCUUCGUCUCCACCACCAGGGACAUCCUGUACAGCCACCUGGUCACCAGCCACAUGGUUUGUCAGCCUGGAUCUCGCAGCGAGGUCUACUCUCCGGGACCAGGACUUCCCAAGCUGCCGCUGUCCACCGGUCUGAGUCCAGGAGAUUCUGGAGUGGUGCUCAAGUGUCAAGUCUGUGGACACAACUCGGACUCCCCGUCGCAGCUUCAGCAGCAUGUACGAACCCACCUGGAGGUCAGGGUCCCGGCUGAAAGGAGCCCCACUCCUCGCCAAAGCACCCCAUCAUCGAUCGACCACCCCCAGCCGUCUCCCCAGGAGAAGGAGCCCCUGGCCUGUGUCCCUAAACCCGACUCGUCCAGCCCGGGUGCAAACGGUGGCUCGGCCACACCUCGAGACUACAGUCCUUCUGACGCCCAAAGCAUGGACCUGAAGAUCAAAGAGGAGCCUAAUUCAGAGUCGGAUGCAGAGGAGCAGCAAAUGGAGAUUAAGGAGGAUGGAGACGAGGAGGAGGAGGUUAGGGGAGAGGAAGUGGAUCUAGAAGCAAGGAGGAAGACAAAGGAGGAGCCAGCUGCCACCACCUCCUGCCAAACAUCUCCGAAGAGUCCAGCUACCACAACUGUGAAGGCAGAACCGACUAGUCCAACCCCUGGUUCCAGCCCUGCCCAUGUGGGAGGAACCGGCUCAGUCGUUCCAGGAGGAGCAAUGUUCUUGCCUCAGUACAUGUUUAACCCUGAGGCAGCCAUCUUGCCUCAGGCUUCAGAGAUCCUGGCCAAAAUGUCAGAAAUGGUCCACAGCCGGCUGAAGCAGGGCCAGACAGUUGCUCAGAACAACCCAGCGGCCUUCUUCCCCUCUGGGCCGACUGCACCGACAGCCACCGCCACUCCACCUCACAAAGGAGCCACCUGCUUUGAGUGUGAUAUCACCUUCAACAACAUCAACAACUUCUAUGCACAUAAGAGGCUGUACUGCUCCAGCAGGCACCAAGGAGAAAGUGCAGCCUCAGCUUCAGGCUCAACAAGAGAUGCAGCCCCAGCCACAGUGCCUUCCAGUGGGGCACAUGGCUCAUCCACAUCCCCUCAGGGUGGAGCUUUAAGUAGAGCUGCCUCUGCCUCUCCAACUGACUCUGAGCCUCCUGCAGGAAGUGGCGCAGCAGAACCCAGAAGGGUGGUGGAAGUGAAGACAGAAACCCCAGUGGGCAGAGAUGGAAUAUCAUCCUCCUCAGAAGGGGAAGGUGGAGGUGGAAGUGUGGGAGGAGGAGGUGGAGGAGGAAGAGCAAGUGAAGGCAGCCAGAGUCCUGCAAGUGGUUCUGCAGAGGACCUUGAAGACGAUCCCAACAGAACCUUCUGCGAGGCCUGCAACAUCCGCUUCAGCCGUCAUGACAACUACACUGUUCACAAACGAUUCUACUGCGCUUCACGCCACGACCCGACCAACCACAGAGCUGUACACAUGGCCAAGACGACCAACGCAGCAGCCUUCCUGCCCCAGCCCAUCCGCACCCGCAAGAGGAAGAAGAUGUAUGAGAUUCACAUGGCCAGAACUGAAGCCUUAGCCAACGCUGCUGCUGCCGCCGCCGCUGCCGCUGCAACCGCCUCGGCGCCAUCUCCCUCCAUUCUGGGUUUGGCAGUGAAGCAAGAAGUUUCUCCUGGUGGUGCAGGCAGUUCUAGCCCUGAAGGAGACGGUCCAAUCGACCUGAGCAAGAGGCCUCGUCUGAGGGAAGUCCCACGGCACGGAGGCAGCAGCAGCCUUCUCCCGGCUCUGCCUCUUACCGACUACCACAAGUGCACCGCCUGCAGCAUCAGCUUCAACAGCAUCGAGAACUACCUUGCUCAUAAAACCUACUACUGCCCCGCCACCACCCUCCAGCCCCACACCCUGGAGCAGCUGCAUAGGCUCAAGAGAUCAGCCUCUACCUCCCCUAAAAGCAGGCCUCAGCAGGAGCGACCGGAUCUUCUGCACCCUGUGGAGGCUAAAGCUCUACCCGCUGAGUGGGUUGCCCAAGCUCAAGGCACGUCAUCCAGCCCUAACCCCUCUGCCUUACCCGCCUCCGACGCUACAUCUCCCUCGCAUACGACCGCCGUGCUUGCUGCCACUCCAGCAGCUGGAGCUAAAGGCACAGGGUCAACUCAGGUGGUCUGUCCAUACUGCCCCAACAGGCCCAUCACCUGUGACCUGAUGGAGCACUUCAAGACCACCCACGGCCUGGUCGUAACCAUUCAGCCACCCCAGGAGACCCUCCCCCAGCCGGGCAGCGCAGUCAGCCGCAGCCCCAGCCUGAGUCCGAGGGACGGAGCGUCUGCAACCACCUCCACCACCCCGACCAACCAGGCCAGAUUUGUCUCUCGAGUUCACCGAGACAGCAUCAACGGACAGGCCAGGAGCGGCACAACAUCCCCUGUCUCCCCCCUGGUAAACGGCAGCCCCUCAGCUGGGGGUGGAUCACCUUCAGCUGGCUCUCCUCUGCCAGUGUCCCCCCCCAGGGCUCCCUCUCUGACUUUGUCACCUGUGCCUGAGGUCGUGAGGGUGAAGAUGGAGUCAUCCCACCUUCCCGACAAGUCCGCCCAGACCCCGACCUCCCAUCCCACCCCCCAGCCUGCCCCCAAAACCCCGGUGAUCUCCCCCGUCCAGAACGGUAACUCCCGCUUCUGUCGGCUGUGCAACAUCAAGUUCAGCAGCCUCUCCACGUUCAUAGCUCACAAGAAAUACUACUGCUCUUCCCACAGUGCCGAACAUGUCAAGUGAGCUUCCUCCUUCCCGUUUUUUCAUCAUUUAUCUGAGUGGAAGUUUUCCUUCACUAAAGUUUCCAGAAGCUCAGAUGGUCCUCCGAAAACGACGCUCGGCUGGCGUCACCAUGAAUGACAGUGAAUGACUGUUACUCACCUGGCAGGGCCUGAUGCCCGGCAGCAGAAUUAGCAGGUGGUGUUACUCACAUACAGUAACUGAUACUCCUUCUAUGGGUCAACGUUUGUAGUACACUACGAGCUGAUGCUACCUGCACACACUGAUGUGCCCUCGUCCCGUAGAUCACUCUGUCUUCGUACACCAGUCCCUGAUCCUACAUGAACCACUCCCAGGCCUCAGUAUGUCACAUUAAGGGACGUUAAAAAAGAUCUAUGUCAACACCUUCCCCUCCCCCCUCCCUGUUGAACUGAGUAUAUAACGGCAGUAAUUAGAUUCUGACUGACGAUGCUGAUUUUCCCGCGCCCUCGAUGUUUCAGACCUAAACGGAGGAAAUCUCUGGCGUGGAAAAAGACUUGAUCAUUGUUAAUGUUUUUAUUAUCUGUGCAUAGUGUAUGAUGUCUGAAAAAAAGAAUUCUAUAAUGCUUUUUGGUUUCAACACUGGCUCUUUUUUGCUUACUAGAGAAGCUGGAGCGUUUUUAGCUGAAAAAAACAAAAAAACAACAACACGUGGCAUCACAAUGUUACUAAUUACUGAAGGAUAAUAUUUCAAAAAAACGGACUGUUUUUUCUUUUCUUUCAUACACACAAAAUUUUUAUUUUCUCUUUAAAACGCAAGGGAGAAAAAAAAUGUGAAAUAUUUAUCUUUUAGUCCUCACUGAUUUCAUGUCAACAGAAAACUACCUACCUAGUGUCUGAGAGUAUUUGUAUUUUUUAUUUGUAUAUUUUUCAUACUGUUGGAAGGAACUGUUUGGAUCUGGGUGUGUUGAAGUGAAUUUUCUAAGUGUAGAUAUGUAAUAUCUUCUCACAGUAAUCACUGGGAUCACACUGAACUCACGUUGGCAUUUUUGUGUUCUGCUCAUUGUAGGUUUUAAUUGAUGGUCUGAAAACCAGCUUUAUCUUGAUCUCCUCCUGUACCUCGCUGAUUUGCAACAGGUUACACAAAAUCCACGUCUGUCUUUUGUUCGCGGCUGCUUCACCUCAUAAGGACACAGCUUUGUUUGUUGCUAACUGCCACUUCCGACCGAUGCUAAGGGAUUUUUUUUUAAUGAUUGUGCUUCUAUCCGGCAAUGAAGGCAAAGCGGCGAACAGUCACGUUAGUGUGAGACCUCGUACAGUAGAGUAAGAACAUAGGUAAUCAUUUCUUAUGGCUGUUGCGUGUUUGACUCAUGCACCCAUACAGUUUACGCCACAUGUUCCCGAGCUGCUGUUGCAUUACAGUGUUAGCCACAACUGUGAAAUGCUUUUUUCUUUUCACAAUAAUAAUGCAAACCAACCACCUUAUGUUCUUUGAAAGGCCUGAAAUUUAACGCUGCCCUUAGCCAAACCUGCACCUGCAUGCUGAGUUCAUCACAUAUUCUCAGGAUUUUAUCAAGCUUCUAAAACAGAAUUUCUACCUUCCCGAGACACUAAAUCUCUGAGUUUAGAGGUCAUUAUGGUGGCAAAAUUUUGGACCCAAUCUAAAACCAGCUUUCACAAAGUUUCACAAAUCAGAGACCCGGCUUGAUAAGGACACAACUCAGCCUCUAAAGGCCGUUUCAUUGUCAGUAUACAUGUCCACGUAUGCAGACUGAAGGAUUAUGAAAAAUCAAACGGCACAGAGGCGAUAGAGGUGUGCUUGCGUACCGCCCUCCAAGGAGACAACAAUGCAUCACCCAUCGGUAAAGACGCUAGGCGCAGAUCAACUGCAGAUUUGUAACGCAACAGAAGUACCAGUAACGCUCUGCGACGUCAGUCCUUUAGUUUACUACUCUAUAAGUUCUGCCUUUAAAAGGACCAACAAAAGCAUAAGGAGCAGCUACAGUUCCAGUUGUUCCACAGAUGUUUGCCUCCUUGUGGCAGCAGACAGCUACAACAGGUGGAGAGAACACAAUCAGGCAGCAACAAGAUGCGCUAACAAGCCCCUACAAUAUGAAACGGUAGUAAUACAACAAUAACCAGAACGAGGACGUCUUCCUCAACCAGUUUACAUCCAAGACAUGUAGAGAAGAUUUGGAAGGGAUUGUAGACGUGGGAACCCAACAUUCAAAUCAGUAUUUGUGAGUCGGUAGUGAAGCCCCCUAACCAAAGUCUUUUACAUUUCUUGUCAGCAGUGCAGCAUUAGAACUCAUUUUAGCUCCGUUUUGGUCUCCACCACCUCCUGAGAAAGCAGCUAAAUGCUCCACUGUGUUCACCUGUUGGUAGCUGCUGUCUGCCACAACGGUACAGCCGAUAUCAGACUCUGUUACGGACAGCGGAGUUGUUUUAAAUUCUACUAAUUUCUCAUCCGUUUCGAAGUACAUCGUCCAUACGUGCACAGAAAAUCGGCGUCUACGUAUUCUGUGAAUGCGCUCUGCUGCCAUGUAGCGUCGUCGCUGUGCGGGUACAAAUUUUGGGCUAAAAAUGGGACUCAGAUGCUAAAAUUAAUUUCACUAAAACCCUAGCAAACGCUCGAAAUAAGCAAAUUAUUACUGUUUUAAAAGAUACAGACUUUAGCUGUAGCGAUUAAAAAGUUUUUGUACUUUCAGGUACUUUAGUGCUCCUCUGCCUUUCGAAAACCUGAGAUUAUGUAAAAUAGCUUCUUCACAAGUGGUUAAUUUAUCGAAGCCAACUUUUGACCCCAUUUCCUUUGACUGCACGCAAACAUGGAGGAUUUUUAGACUUUAUUCCGAUUUUUUUGCUUCAUUUCCGCUCAUUUACUACUGUUUACAAUCGUGCUGGUCCAUUUCUCUCCGUUCUUAGAAGAGGAGAAGAAGAAGAAGAAGUCAGACCCGUCAAAUAGUCACAAAUUGAGGAACUGAAUGCUGAAACAUCCUCCCCUAAACGUCCCCUUUUCAUUGCACUGUGUUGUAUAAAAAUGUGCUGAAUGUUUUAGUUUUAGCUCCUUUUUUUUUUUUUUUUUGUCAUGUAUUUAUGUUGUGCGGCACUUUUUCCCGUCCAUAACGCAUCAUCGCUCGACCUUGAAGGACUUUCGCAUUAAACUUUUUUUUUUUUUUUUGGUCUAAACAUGUUUUUGUCAAUGAUUCCUUUGACGUCUUUAAUGGAGAAGAAUCACAACGAAUGUCAACACUUUUUAUUUCCAUAUUUUUUUUAAUUUCAGUUCCACUACACUCUUGUCCAAACUAUGCAUGGGAAAUAAAAAAAAAAGUUCUGAGAGACACUGA